GUCAGACCAGGCCGCCGGUGUGAACCAUCUUGUCCAUAUACUAUCUUUGUCUGAAUCAACAGCUGGGUGGAACUCCGACUAAGAAAAAAAAAAAGUUGCCUCAAUGACAUUUUCUACAGGGAUGGCAGUUUGACUGUGCGAGCGGCUAGCUGUUGUGUGAAGUGUUUAUUUCCGCCUCCGUGCCAUGGACUUUAAUGUUAAGCGGUUAGCCGCAGACGCCGGCACCUUCCUGAGCCGCGCCGUACAAUUCACAGAAGAGAAAUUUGGCCAGGCUGAAAAGACAGAGUUGGACGCCCAUCUGGAGAACCUUUUGGUCCGAGCUGAGAACACCAAACAAUGGACGGAGAGGAUCAUGAAGCAGACAGAGGUCCUACUGCAGCCCAACCCCAAUGUCCGGCUAGAAGAAUUUGUGUACGAGAAACUGGAGAAAAAAGCCCCUACACGAAUGAACAACCACGAGCUGCUGGGCCAGUCCAUGAUCGAGUCAGGAAAUGAAUUUGGUCCUGGAACUGCCUAUGGGAAUGCUCUGAUAAAAUGCGGCGAGACAGAGAAACAGAUUGGUGGAGCAGAGCGGGAGUUAAUCCAAAGUGCCGCCAUCAACUUCCUGACACCUUUCAGAAACUUUCUAGAAGGCGACUUCAAAACCAUCCUGAAAGAACGGAAGCUACUGCAGGUCAAACGUUUGGAUUUGGAUGCAGCCAAAACCAGGCUAAAGAAAGCCAGGAUGGCUGAUGCAAGAGCUGCAGCAGAGCAGGAGUUAAGGAUGACCCAGAGUGAGUUCGACCGUCAGGCAGAGAUCACCCGACUGCUGCUAGAAGGCGUCAGCAGCACCCACGCACACCACCUACGCUGUCUGAACGACUUUGUGGAGGCCCAGACUACAUACUACGCACAGUGUUACCAGUACAUGGUGGACCUUCAAAAGCAGCUGGGCAGUUUCCCCUCGUCAUUUUCCAACAACAACCAGUCAUCUGUGUCUGGCGGGGCCAGCAUCUCUGUGCCCACCAUCCCGGUGACGGCCUCUCUGCCCAGCGUGUCUGCGGGUCACGGCAGCUCAACAGCAUCGGGAGGAUUCAACGAGCUGCGUAGCUCCAAUGGCAGCCGCAAAGCCCGGGUGCUUUACGACUACGAUGCUGCCAGCAGCAGCGAGCUUUCCCUGCUGGCUGAUGAGGUGAUCACAGUCAGCAGUGUCCCAGGCAUGGACUCAGACUGGCUGAUGGGUGAGCGGGGCAACCAGAAGGGCAAAGUGCCCAUCACUUAUCUGGAGCUGCUCAACUGAGACCCACAAACAGCCCAGCCACCCACAUCUAGCACCUCUGUAACCAGCUGUGAUCUCAUAUUUAUAUUGUGUUGCAGGGACAGGCCCCUCUUUCUCUUCCAUUCAGUCAUUUUAAGAAUGAGUUUUAUUUCUAUGAAAAGGAGUCUUGGUUUGAGCAGACUUGAGCUGGAAUGAACACAUUUGAGUGAAGGGGGAAAGGACCCAAUCCCUGAUGUGUUUGUACGCACCUGCAGUACAUUUUCUAAACCCUGCUUCCAUUGCCUUUGUGUUUGAUGCCAUGCAAUCUGCAAUAUGUGCCAGAACAUCUCCCAAACUUAAACUUGUGUUCAAAAAAUGUUUUUGUUUACGACACAUCUCAGAUGGUGACCGAAAUGCUUUCGACGUGAGGUUUCUGAUCCUCUUCCCUCACCGCUAAAACCCAUUUUUUUUUCUCUUUUUAACCGCACUUCAUUUGAGGUGAAGAGCAACGCUGAUUAUUUUAAAGUCUUAUUUUAUAACUGAUAAUCUUACGUCGCAGUAGCUCUUACGGUUUACCCUCAGUAUGCAGAGUUUUUUUGUUUAACAGUAUCACAUGUAUUGUGUGUCAGCUUUCUUCACAUGGAGCCUUACUUGAGGGGACAGUGAGUCAAACACAUUGUUCCAGGACAGUUGAUAAAUGAGCGACGCAGUAUAAGCGAAGUUGUAAGCUGCUUACAGCGAUCAUUAAGUGCCUGUCAGUCAAUCGGCCUUGUCUAAGAACAUUUGCCUUUUCUGCAGCUACACCAGCAGUAUUGAGAUUGUUAAAUCAGUCUCUCCUCUUUGUAUUGAAGCCUAAUAUUUCUAAGUUGUUAGAAACUGAAAACCAGCAGAUGUUUUCCAACCAGAAUCUUUUAUCUCUGUUUAAAUUAUUAAUUUGUUCACUGUGCAUUUAUACACAUUUUAUUGUCUCUGGUUGAUUUGAUUGACUUGAAAGCUACUUUGAAAAGAUUCCUUAGACAUUUUAUUUACGUCAAAGAAACAUACUUUUUACAUCAAAGUAAUUACAUUUACUUAAUUUUUUACUUUUGAAAAUAAGAAAACAUUUUAUUUUGACAUUACCAACAUUUCUCGUCAGUUUUCCCCCUUAUCCUGCAUUUCAACUCAUUUUUUUCACAUUGGAAAAAAAAAUCUUGUUCUGGGAGAUUCAAGUAUAUUAUUAUUAUUACAUGGCUGCUUUUUGUUCUCUGUGUAACUGAUAAAAUAUCAUACAAUUGUAAAAUAAAUAUACAGUAUGAUGCAUUUAAUAAAAUCACUCGUCUCUGGUCAAA